UUUUAUUGAGAAUUUUAUAUUUCGUUUUUGAUCCUCAAUCUACAACCAAUAAUAUCAUUAUUAUUCCGGACAAGUGCUGUGAUAGAUUAAAAAAUCAUCGUUUUCAUCUUCAAUCAUUGCAAGAUUUACAAACAAUUUUAAAGAUUUGUUUGUUUUGCAAUUUUUUAAGCAAAUGUCGAGUAAAUUUUUUUCUUCGUUUAAUUCCUUUUCAAUUUUGCAUUUACCCUUUUAUGUUCAUCUUCUGCCCCUUUUCAAGUUAAAAAUUAUUUUGUCCACAAACAUACCAGUCUUACCCUCAAGCACAUGGAAAUAUUUGUAAUUUGCAAUCAAAAAUAUUUUUUACUCCCGGAAAGAUAAAUUCUCACCUCAGCAUAUAAAUUCAGGAAACCCUCUAAAAAUCUGGACCCUAUUAUUGUUAUAACCUUUUUUGUUUUCAAUAAACUUCAAUUUUUGUUCGCAAAUGUUUUUCGGCCUUUAAACUUUAUUUAAAUUUUUAAUAAAUAUAUUUAAUUAAAUUUUCUUUUUUUUUGAAUAAUUUGUUUUUAUGUACAUUUUAAUACUUUUUCUAUUAUUUAUUUUUAAAAUAAUCAUUCAAGAAAUGAGCCUUUUUGGAAGUACUGGGACUUCGACAAGUUCUUCACCUUUUGGUGCUAAGCCUGGUGGACUUUUUGGAGGGACAACAACUCAACAGUUACAACAAGUUUCGAGUGACACCGUUCAAGCAUUAAAAUUUAGUCCUGCUGUAGCCAACACUCCAAUAUUUCUUGCUGCUGGAUCGUGGGACAAUACUUGCCGAAUUUGGGAAAUUAAUGAGAAUGGACAAAGUGAACCUAAAGCUAUGCAGGAUUUGGGGGCUCCUGUACUUUCUGUGGAUUGGUUUGAGGACAGUUCAAAAGUAUUUAUUACUUGUUGUGACAAGAGUGUUCGUUUAUGGGAUUUACAAUCAAACUCGGUUGUUAUUGUUGGACAACACGAUGAUUGUGUUAAAUCCUGCCAUUGGGUGACUGCUUCUAAUUAUCAGUGUUUAAUGACUGGUUCAUGGGAUCGUUCAUUACGUUUUUGGGAUAUGCGUCAAUUACCAACAGUUUCUUCACUUGCAACAAUUAAUUUACCUGAACGUGUUUGGUGCUCUGACAUGAUAUAUCCUCUAGCUGUUGUUGGAAUGGCUAAUCGACACAUAAAAUCAUAUAAUUUGGAAGGACAACCACAAGAAAUUCAGGAUGUUGAAUCUCAAUUAAAAUAUCAAAACCGUUCCAUUGCAAUUUUUAAAAAUAAAAUAAAUAAUCAACCUGGAGGUUUUGCGCUUGGGUCUAUUGAAGGUCGUGUAGCCAUUCAAUGUUUGGAUGCAAAAGACAAUAAAGACAAUUUUACUUUUAAAUGUCAUCGAUCUUCAGAAUUAAUUAAUGGCUUUCAGGAAAUUUAUCCGGUAAAUGUGGUAGCUUUCCACCCAAUCCACCAAACACUUUGUACUGCUGGUGCGGAUGGACGUUACUCAUUUUGGGAUAAAGAUGCACGUACUAAACUUAAAGGAUCUGAUGCUAUGGCAAUGCCUAUAACUGCUUGUCAUAUACACCAAGGGGGAAAUAUUAUGGCUUAUGCUAUUGGUUAUGAUUGGAGUAAGGUUUGUUGUUGGAAAGAGAGAAUUUUUAAUAUUUUUUGAAAAACUU